UUAAAAUUUACGAUGAAUCAGACAGUAGACAUAUUUUUGUGUACUAUCGAUUUGUACUAGUUGAUUUUGAUUUAAACCAACCUCCUUACACUGUCGAAUCUAUACGUUUAUGAUGUUAAAUACAUAUUCUUGGAAAAGUUUCAAAAAUCGUAAAAUUUUUUAAAGAUGGAUUGGCUAUUGCAGGGCUGACAAGGAACAUACGUUUGGUCUUUCGGUUGAGAUGAAAACCCGAUAUACACCCGUGACCACAUUGUUAAAGAAACCCUGGUGGUUGUAAUUCGAAGAAGAGUAGAUGAAAACGUAGCUGUGUGGACAAAUGCCCCCCACCCCCACCACCACAUACCCCUUGUACACGUAACCAUAGAAACGAAAUAUAUUACAUGUCAGUCUCAAAAUAAUCGAAGUAUAGUGUUGACGAUCUUUAAACUCCACUUCGUUCUACCAAGAAGUGAUAUUUAAAACAAGGGCCCUCGACGCCGAUACCAUCAUUAAUAUACAGUUGUACUGUUAUUAGUUAUUUUAUGAAUUAUAUAAUGCCAUUUAAAUGACAGAUCAGUCUCUCAUAUUUUGUAACAACUGUUAAUUCUGUGUCAUUAUGUAUUCAGCGUUUAUACUGUUUUAAUAUGUAAUAUUAAUUUGAUUAGUCCUUAAUAAAUUAACUAGUGUUUUAUAUUGUUGUAUUCGUUACCCGGGGUUGCUCUUCAAACGUGGUACAACAGGAUAGCUACAAGAAUCAAUGAAAAAAGAAAUCAGGAAAAUUGAUGGAUUUAGAAAUAAUUUUUAAAAUAUCAAAACAAACUAAAGACUUGUUCAGGGCAUAGAAUAGCAACUUACACAAUUUAUAUUUUGAGACGAGUUAAGAUCAUAUGAAACACAAAUCAUGCUUUCUGUUUUCUCUCUUCUUAUCCUGAUCCUAAUUGAUCCAGCAUCGUGUCAGAUAGUAUAUGGAUGUUAUGGUCCGCCCGAUUCGCCAUGUAGUCAGCACACACUGGCUUGCGGUGAUGACGAAGUUAUUGCCUUUGACGAUGACUAUCGACCAGUGUCUUUAAUUAGAAACAACAAGGGUGUGUCGUGUCCACUCACCAAUGAAGACAAUUGUUCGAAAACGUGUUGCUCUAAGAAUAAAAAUAACAAGACACAAUCUUUACAGCAGACAGAUGCGUUUUUAACUAUUGAUAGUGAGGAGACAACUCUUGCUAAUCUAACUGAUGUCAUCUCCACAUUCAAUAACUGUAGUAACCAACGAGCGUGUACCGUUACCUCCCCUUAUACUCACCACGGACCAGGGUAUGAUUACGUGAGAUACAACUAUAUCUGUGUACAAGAUUCGAGAGUUUACAAUUUUGUAGAUGAACGGAUCUUCAAAAAACAUAAUCACGUGUAUUUACAUUUCUCGGAUAAGCAGCAAUCAUUAGGAUCUAUAUCCUGUUUGUGUAGGGUUCGCAGUUCAGUAGAAAUAGGAGUUGCCAGCAAAUACAUUCAUUUGAAUCCAGCAUCUUGCAACAAAGUUAAAAUCUCCUCGGGAAAGCGGAAGUUGUUCAACUGUACCCACGAUGACACCCUGUAUUUUUCAACUGUUCUCUUCUAUACAAAUGAUCCGAUAUUUAUAGAAUUUAAGGAUUUGACAGCAAUGGAAAACGAUAUUAUGUGGUUAGAAUUUUUUACAAUUGGGGAAUUUCUAGAAAUAUCAUGUAGUGGUUGUGGUCAAAAACUUAACAAAGAUUUCACAGAGUCUAGGUGUGGAACGUCAUCAUCUGGUUCAUCUACAUGGUUCAUAAAUAGUUUUCCGGCAUCUGUGUGGGUUGUGUAUACGUUAUUUUUACAGAUUUCAUGGUCGUGAAAUGGACUUGUCGAAAUUUAUUACAAUUAUAAUUAUGCACUUAUUGGUUGAAUAAAACAUUUUGUUUUAAAA